UGUCGCUCCCGCGUUGCCUGCCGGAAGAGCAGCUACCGCCAGCUGGAAGCCCUUCUGUGGCGCCGGGACUAGCCGGAUUCUGGGUUCUGGGGCGAGCUUCUCCGGCGCGGGGCCAUUCCGGAGCGGCCAGAUCUUCUCGGUCCCCAGGGGCUCUCUUUGUGCUUCUGAAGGACGGCAUGUUUGGCUGGGGGCUCCCGGGAGCCGUGCUGGGCGGGCUGCUGGGAUCGUGGCUCCUUCUAGCAGGAUCUAGUUUAGGAUCCAAACUGAGAGGUCCAAAAUUGAAUAUAACUGGAAAACAACAUGUCAUACAAGCAGGAGAUUCUUUACACCUCAUGUGCAGUGGGGAAGUGGCCCAUUCCUGGUCUUUGCCUGAAAGCCUAAGUAAGGACAUCAAGCGUCUGAAUAUCACUAUGUUUACUUGUGGAAGAAACAGAAGGCAGUCCUGCAGUACCCUGACUUUGAAUAAAGCUCAAGCAAGUGACACAGGAUAUUAUAGCUGCCAAUAUCAAUCCUCAAGUGCUUUGAUAAAGAAGACAGCAUCUACAAUAUAUAUAUUUAUUAAUGAUACACACAGCCCAUUUGUAGAGAUGCACAGCAAUAUACCAAAAACUAUACAUAUGACAGAUGGACAAGAGCUUAUCAUCCCAUGCAGAGUGACAGCGCCAGAUAUUCCUGUUACAUUAAGAAUGAUUCCAGGUGAAGUUCCCGAUGGGAAGACUAUCUGGGAUAGUACUAAAGGUUUUAUAAUACCAAAUGCCACAUUUGAAUUCAUAGGCCUCUUCAGAUGUGAGACAAUAAUUGGUGGACAUAAAUACAACACUAUGUACCUGACAUACAGACAAAAUAAUGAAAUCGUUAAUGUCAAAUUAAAUGCUUCAAGACCAGUCAAAUUACUAAAAGGAGACAACCUUGUUCUUAACUGUACCGUCACUGCAUCCUGGAACACAAGAGUGCUUAUAACAUGGAGUUAUCCUGGUGAGAGAAGCAAAAGAGGCACCAUAACUUCAAGCAUUAACCAAAAGAAUUAUGAAGCCAAUGUAUUCUACAGUAUUCUUGUUGUUGAUAAAGUCCGUGAUAUUGAUAAAGGGCAGUAUACUUGCAAUGUGAAGAGUGGCCCGUCUCUUAGAUCGGUUAACACAACUGUCCAUGUUUAUGAUAAAGCAUUCAUCACAUUGAAGCACCGAAAGAAAAAUGUGCUGGACAUUAUAUCUGGCAAGAAAUCCUAUCGAAUUUCUAUGAAAGUGAAAGCAUUUCCCACACCUGAGGUUAUAUGGUUGAAGGAUGGCUUACCUGCUGCUGAAAUGUGUGCCCGGUAUAGAAUUAAAAGUUAUUCACUAACCAUAAAACGUGUUGCAGAAGAAGAUGCAGGAAAUUACACUAUACUACUGAGCACCCGACAAUGGAACUUGCAUAAAAACUUAACAGUCACACUCAGAAUAAAUGUGAAACCUCAGAUUUAUGAAAAAAUGUCCUCAUUUCCUGGUCCUAAUCUCUAUCAAGUGGGCAGCAAGCAAACUCUGACUUGCACUGUUUAUGGUAUUCCUCAGCCUACAAUUAAAUGGACUUGGAAUCCUUGCCAACAGAAUCAUUCCAGGUCAAGGCGUGACUUUUGCUCCAAUCCAGAGAGAUCUUUCACUUUGAAAUCUGGCAGCACUACAGGAAACAGAAUCCAAAGCAUCACCCAGAGAACAGCGAUAAUAGAGGGGAAGAAUAAGACUGCUAGCAUUUUGAUUGUGGCUGAAUCCAAGGCCUCUGGAAUCUACACCUGCAUUGCUUCCAAUAAAUUAGGAACUGAUGAAAGAAGCAUUCGUUAUUUUGUAACAGAUGUACCAAGUGGAUUUCAUAUUAACUUAGAGAAAAUGCCCACUGAAGGAGAAAAUCUGGUGCUAUCCUGUUUAGCCAACAAAUUCCUGUACAAAGACAUUGCCUGGAUUUUACCAAGAACAGUUAACAACCAAACAAGAGUCAAAAAGGCAGCCACUAAGGAGUAUUCCAUUGACCUCACUCUCACAAUCAAGAACAUUUCGCUUGAACAUUCAGGCUCCUAUGCCUGCAGAGCAAGGAACAUAUACACUGGUGAAGAAGUGCUUCAAAAGAAAGACGUUACAGUCAGAGCUCAGGAAGCACCAUUUCUAUUACGGAACCUGACUGAUCAGGUUGUCAACACCAGUCACUCUGUUACUCUGGAGUGUCUUGUUCGUGGUCUGCCAGAGCCUCAGAUAUCCUGGUUUAAAAACAACAAAGAAAUACAGCAACAACCAGGUAUAAUAUUAGGGCCAGGAAGCCAGAGUCUACUGAUAGAAAGGGUGCAAGAAGAUGAUGGAGGGCACUACCGCUGUCUGGCUGCUAACCUGAAAGGAGCAGUGGAGAGCUCAGCCUUGGUCACCAUAGAAGGAAUUUCAGAGAGCUCAAACCUAGAACUGAUUACACUGACGUGCACCUGUGUGGCAGCCACACUCUUCUGGCUUCUCUUGACACUCUUUAUUCGGAAGUUAAAAAGGCCUUAUUCUUCUGGAAUAAAGACAGACUAUUUAUCAAUCAUAAUGGAUCCGGAAGAAGUCCCCUUAGAUGAACAAUGUGAACGACUGCCUUAUGAUGCCAGCAAGUGGGAAUUUGCCCGGGAAAGGCUCAAACUGGGAAAGACGCUUGGGCGAGGUGCUUUUGGAAAAGUAGUACAAGCAGCUGCUUUUGGAAUUAAGAAGUCGCCCACAUACAAAGUAGUGGCUGUGAAGAUGUUGAAAGAAGGAGCCACAGCCAGUGAGUAUAAAGCUCUGAUGACUGAACUGAAGAUCCUGAUCCACAUUGGACAUCACCUGAAUGUUGUGAAUCUGCUGGGAGCUUGCACAAAGAGUGGAGGGCCACUAAUGGUGAUUGUUGAAUACUGCAAAUACGGGAAUUUAUCAAGCUACUUGAAGAGCAAAAGGAAUUUUUUCUCUUCAAACAAGGAUGCAUCCAUUCAAGUAGAGCUGAUGACAGGCGAGAAGGAUGUAGAGCCGAUGGGUGGUAAAAAAAGGAGGCUGGACAGCAUCCCAAGUAGCGAGAGCUUAGCAAGCUCUGGAUUUCUGGAAGAUAAAAGCUUAAGCGAUGUGGAGGAGGAAGAGGAGGAUGCUGAUGAUUUUUACAAGUGGCCCCUCACCAUGGAAGAUCUAAUUUCUUACAGUUUCCAAGUGGCCAGAGGCAUGGAGUUCUUGUCAUCUCAAAAGUGCAUCCAUCGUGACUUAGCAGCCAGAAACGUCCUUUUAUCUGAAAACAAUGUCGUGAAGAUCUGUGAUUUUGGCCUUGCAAGAGAUAUUUAUAAGAAUCCUGAUUAUGUGAGAAAAGGCGAUGCACGUCUGCCCCUCAAAUGGAUGGCACCAGAGUCUAUAUUUGAUAAAAUCUACAGUACUAAGAGUGAUGUUUGGUCUUAUGGAGUGCUGCUGUGGGAAAUAUUUUCUUUAGGUGCAUCUCCAUACCCAGGUAUUCAAAUAGAUGAAGAUUUUUUCAGCAAGUUAAAGGAAGGUGUACGAAUGAAAGCCCCAGAUUUUGCAACAGCGGAAAUAUAUCAGAUCAUGCUGGACUGUUGGCAAAGUGAGCCAAAUGAAAGGCCGAGAUUCUCAGAGCUGGUGAAAAGAUUAGGGGACCUCCUGCAGGCAAACGUGCAACAGGAUGGCAAAGACUACAUCCCCUUGAAUAUAUUAUCAGUAGAUUCCAUAUCUGACCACUCCUCUUCUACCUCCUCUGUUCCUCAAAGAAAGGAAGAUGAAUCAGUACCAACCUUGUAUUAUGAAUGUAUUGAAAAUUCUGGAAGAUAUGUUAAUGUUUUCAAAAUGAAACCACCACAGAGUCUCAAGACCUUUGAGGAACUGACACCCAAGGAAAGAUUUGGACUUCAUGGUUACCAAGCAGAGAGCAGACUGGUGCUGCCUUCAGAACGGCUCAAACGUUUCACAUGGACAGGCAGCAAACAAAAGCAAAUGCUCUUCAGCCUCCACUCUGCCAGCAGAAGCAAGGACUCUGUGCUUUUGGAAAGCACAAAGCCAAACUUAUACAGUUUCAGUUGUGGCCACAUCAGUGAUGUGACUCAGCCAUUUUACUGUGGCAAUACAACAUGGGAAAAGAAAGUAGCCCAGGCCUUCCCUCCUCCCCGCUAUAAUUCUGUGGUUCUGUAUUCCCCACCGCCUGUUUAGCAGGGAUCUCUAAGCACUAGUAAUUUAAGAGCAGCUGCUGCUUGGCUGGUGGGCCCUUCUUCAUCUCCACCACUAUUUAAACAGGUUCAUUGCUGCUCCCCACACCAGCACAUUUUUACUGAGCAACAGAAUGACUCUCCUGCACCCCCUCCUUGUUGUGGCACCAACUCUGAUCCAGGCUCAGUAGCUUGAUAAAAUGCACUCAGGAAAAAAGGUGCUUUGUGCAACAGAAGCUAACCUGGUUGCCAUGAUCCCCAGAAUUCCUAAUUGAAGCUUCUUCUCCUGCUAUUGUACAAGUGAGUUGAGUAGGGAAAUCAAAGAGCAAAUAGUUAGCAGCACACUACUGAAAAUAACUGUAUGAGCAUUCAUGUAGCUAUGUUCCUAUUGCUUAACAUCCUAUGGAUGUUUCAAAAACCUUAAAAACCUUUUAAACACAGUUUUUGGAGCAGAGGAAGUAGCAGGAGAGUUUACAGCUGUUUUCCAGUUGAUUGAUGUGCCAGUCUCUCAUGCAUCUCAGGCAGUCAAACUUCUUGGAGCCAGCUUUGCAAGGUUACAGCUUGAAAUGCUAUGAAAACCUGCAAAAGCUAUUCAAGCAGCAAUCAUAAAGGAUUACAAGGAUGAAUAUACUAGACAUGGAUAGCUCUACAACAUUCUCAUAAGGUAUAGCCACACUAAAAACAUACUGGUUUUAUACCACUUUCCACUUCAAAAGUGGAUCAGCAAGAUUCCUGAACAUUUUAAAAGCCAGUAAACAACUACAAUUCCCAGGGGAAAGAAAGUGACUAUUAAGCAUAGAACAUAUACAUGCCUUACGUAUUAUUUGUAUUCAGGAGACUUCAGCUGUUAUUUCUCCUUAUCUUUUAAACUAAGUUUCUUGCCCUUAUGGGCUGCAAAUAUAGGCUUGAAAGUUUGCAGACAACAUUAAAUGCAAUUUCAAGACACAGAUCCCAGACAAAAUUUCCACUUGAAAGGGAUGGGACAUUUAGUGAAAGAACAAUAUGCCUAAGACAUAUAGGCUACAGGAAUUAGGAUUUCCAUGGCAGAUGCUUGCUAUUUUCUUUUAAAGUAGAAUACACAAUUCUGUACAUAAACUCUAUUUAGCCUGUGUAUACUAGUUGCAAAGGAUGCUGUAACAGGAAGUGCUAAUUUAGGGUAAACCACAUAAAUGCACCAUUGCAACUAUGCAUAUAGAAAUAUUUUUGCCCCACAAGCCUGCAGAAAAAAUGUCCUUUCCCUUUUGGAGAGGCUCCAUACAUAGAAAUGGUCAGUUAAAACUUUUCAUGGCAUGGAGGUAAAUUACAUCACUCAGUAAAUAACAUCCUAUUAAGCAUAUAUGAAAGAGACAGGACAUUUCCUCCCCUGACAGCUGGUAAACCUAAAAAAGACAAGGAGACCAGGGAAGCUUUGGCGGAAAUAGCUGCUGCAUCUAAUUGCUGCUACUAUUAAAAAUAUAUAGUUUUAAGGGCCAAGACUAUGCUACUAGGCUCAUUUAAGCUAAGUGCAAACUUUUAUUCAAUGUACAUUAGUGAACCAUCAUUUAAGGGUAAAACCAUUGAGAUCUUUGAUCUAGAAAAGCAGCUAAAUACAGCUACCCCGUCUCAACUAAAAUCAGUCAUGAUAAACCUCCCAUGGAAAGCAGUAGGGUUAGUCAAUGGGACUUGAGCACAACUCACUUUAGCCAAAUCAGGGCCAACAGAACAGUGUUUGGUGCAGUAACAGAAGAGAAAUGGAGAAUGCUCUCCCUUUGAACAGUUGUAGUCUUUGAUCUUUCUAUACAGACAGAGCAGCACUAACCAAUUCUUCCAAUAGUUUGCCUACUGAAAACUAAGAAGCUAUGAAGAGGUUUGUGCAUCUUUAAGCAAGGCAUUAGCAACUGUAUAUAAAAGUAUUUAUUUACAUUUGCAUUUAAUGAACUUUUAAAAAACUGGAAUUUUAAAAUUCUUGUCCUAUAAAAUAACAGGAUGUAAAUGAAUCUUAUUACCUGGGCCUUAACUUUUUGAACAUGUUU